AUGGCAAACUCGGGGGCUAGGUCGUUCUUACAAGCUGUGGCAACUGAGGAGGUUGCGACGCCAUUAAGAGUUGUGCAAAUUGAGGGACUGGUUGUUUUGAAAAUCAUAAAGCAUUGCAAGGAGCUUUCACCAGCUUUGGUUACUGGCCAACUGCUCGGGCUGGAUGUUGGUAGUGUUCUUGAAGUGACCAAUUGUUUCCCCUUCCCGAUAAGAGAGGAGGAUGAAGAGAUUGAGGCAGAAGGUGCUAAUUACCAGCUUGAAAUGAUGAGAUGCUUGAGAGAGGUUAAUGUUGACAACAACACUGUUGGAUGGUACCAAUCCACUUUAUAUGGUUCCUUUCAAACAGUGGAAUUGAUUGAGACCUUCAUGAACUAUCAGGAAAAUAUAAGGCGAUGUGUCUGCAUUAUAUAUGACCCUUCUAGGUCUAACCAAGGAGUCUUGGCUUUGAAGGCCUUGAAACUUUCUGAUUCUUUCAUGGAACUUUAUCGCAGCAAUAACUUUACUGGAGAGCAGUUGAGAGAGAGGAAUCUUUCAUGGGUUGACAUCUUUGAGGAGAUCCCGAUAAAGGUUUCAAAUUCUGCGCUGAUCAGUGCUUUCAUGACUGAACUUGAGCCUGAUACUCAUGUUAACCAGUGUGAUUAUGAUAGGCUACAGUUGUCAACGCAUCCAUACUUAGAGAGAAACAUGGAGUUUUUGGUUGAAUGUAUGGAUGAUUUAUCAAUGGAACAACAGAAGUUCCAAUACUACUACCGGAAUUUGUCACGACAACAAACUCAACAACAAGCAUGGCUUCAAAAGAGGAGGGCUGAGAAUAUGGCUCGUAGAGCUGCUGGGGAAGAGCCACUACCUGAAGAAGAUCCUUCGAAUCCCAUCUUUAAGCCAAUUCCCGAGCCGUCACGCUUGGACAGCUUUCUCAUAACGAAUCAAGUUGCAACCUACUGCAACCAGAUCAAUGGGGUUGUGGGCCAAAGCUUCAGCAGGCUAUCCUUGAUGAAGGCUCUGCAUGAGAGCUGA